AUGCCUCUGGUUUUGGCCCUGGCGCUGCUCGUUGGCCUGAGCGCCCGCGGAGGCUGGGGCUGCCUGCAGUGUGACACCUCAGUGCGUUUGGCCCUGAGGCAGCUGCGCUUGGCCAUCAUCCCCAGCCACUUCCACUGGAGGCAGCAAGGGGCCCGCGCUCAGGCCCUGCUGCUGGGCAUGGAGGGGUCUUUCUUUCAGAACUACGCGGUGAAGGCGUUUGUGGGGCAAGUGGAGACACAUCACCUGAACCUGGUGGCAUCCUUUACCAAGAAUCAAGUAAAAAACUUAAAGGUUAAGUCUCUGAGAGAUGAGCCUCUGCUGCAAGAGCUGGUGAGUCUUAGGCAGAAGGUGACCCUGGAACUCAAAAGAGCUUUAAGUGCGUAUGAAUUAAAAGCCUGCGACCACAAAAUUUGCCACUCGCUAAAAGAAGAGGUCUUGGACUGUUUACACUGCCUGAACGUCAGCCCCAAAUGCAUAGAAAGGAAGCAGUGUUUUGUGGACAAGCAGCCCCGCGUGAACCUGCAGUACGACGGAGAGAGUAUCUAUCCGCAGAACCAGGCCCUGUUUGGCAUCAUGGUUUCCUUGUUUCUGGCUGUCUUCACCUUUGGGGUCAUCGUGGCUUCGGCUAUCAUUUACAGGCAAAACCGGAAACUCUUGCUGCAGUAG